GUCGUCAUAACGAACCGUUGACGUCGCAGAUCCAGUGGCCAGCUGUUACUAAUCGCGUCACUCCAUUUGCCAGCUGAUCGCAGACGCCGGUAAACGCGAGAGGCGAGAACGGAGGAGCCACUUUACCGGUGAGGAUUGUAUUGGAUGCUGAUGAGUGAAUAUUGGCUGACCUACCGCAGUUCUUCUCUGGCAAACUUUAUGACCCUGUCCUGACGCUAAAGCUGCCAGCUGAAGAACUGUUGUGGUCAGCUCUACCCAGCAUGCACCAUUUUCAUCUGAGAGUGCUGUGGAUCUUAUUCAUUCUGGAUCAUCUCUGUCAUAGAGCUUUGAUAUUUAAAAAAAAUCACUCUUUUUAUUAUUGAAGCAGAAAAUAUCUUAAAUAGAGAAAAUAUUUCUUAGAGAAAUGUUAAAUUUUUGUCAUGAAUUUGAUAAAAAUCAACCAUAUAAAUUUUUUAACCAUAUUACCAAAAAAUAUGAACUUAAGUCUAUGGUCUUUUAUUGUAUUGUAAUAUCAAACUAACUAAUAAAUGAGUGUUUUAUGUAUGUAGUAUAUUAUGCCUGGCAGAAGUCAUUGAAAAUAAUUUUCUGUACAUUUAGCCUUUGCAACAGCUGCUGCCCAGCAUUAAACUGAAACUGUUGAGUAAACAACUAAACAAAAAUCAGUUUCAUACAAGAGUCAUGUAUAAAAUUAAGCUUUUAACUGAAAUGUUAAACGAUGUUCUCAAGAAAAGUGUAUUUUAAUACAUUUUUAGGUCGGGGCAAGUUGUCACUCGUCUGUAAAAUGCUGACGGGUGUAUUAAUAACGAUAUUUAUAAGCCUAAACUAUUGUUGUCCUGCACUUGUUUAAGUGUUAUGUCAAAUAUGACCGAUAGAGGGCGUUAGUGGUCAGUAAGGCUAGCUGAGUUGGAUCUACUGCAUGUUUAUCAAGCAGAUAAAUUUACUCAUUCUUGAACAUUUUCCAUGUUUUAUCACUCUUAUGUCCACAUGCUGUAAGAUAUGACAAAAAAGGCUACAAGUGAAGAUAACUUUGUGUCUCACCAAUAAAAAUACAUAGAUUAUUUUAAUCAUUUUGUAAGAGAAUGGAUGAAUAUGAAAAAGUUAAAUUAUUCAUUUUAACAUUAAUUUGUCACAGCACCCAGCAAAUGCACAACGGUCCAAUAAGGUUACUCCAAAUAUGGCUAAUUUUGGAGGAACCAAAACCAUUCUAGUUCUGGGUAGUAACUGAUUACAUAUAAUCAGGUUUCAAAAUUCAGUACUUCAGCCUGUGGGGAAGUUAAGCCACCCCUUGCUUCUACACGACCUUAAACAAAAUUGGUGAUAUUACCACACAUUUGAAGAUUUAACCAUCUUACCCUGUGAUGGAGAGAGGCCAUGCCCCUGAUCCGAACAGAGCAUGUUCUCUUUUUAAUAUGAGGUUAGAUACAAUAUAUAUAUACUGUUAUCUCCUCCUUAUGAUUAUAGAGUAUUAUUUUACUGUAAUUCUACAUUAUAUUUCAUUCAUUUUACACCAAACAUGAUUCUGAUUUUGUUUUUUAUUUUGAACUUGAUUUUGUUCUGUAAAUUUUAAAUUGGCCUUGUUUAUGAAAAUUGGCCAGUGAAGUUUCUUUAUGAAAUUGUAUUUCCCUGCAACAUUUCUAAGUGGGAUGUUGAGUACUAUAGCCCAUUUCUGGUCAGUUGCAGUUUUUUUUUUUUUUAAUUCUUCAAUUUGAACUUUUUGUUCUGUAAUUUUUUUAAAUAAUUAAAAAAAAACUAAAAAAAAAAACCCAUUGUGAACCAUCUUUAAAUGCAACUUUUAAGAAGUCAUCCAUCCAUUCUAUUAUCCAAACCUAUAUGUGCUUGGGGAGCGUCUUGAGCCACAGGUGAGGAAACUCUCUUGAUGGAUGGUCAAUCACAAGGCUCACAUAUAGAUUUUAAGAAGUCAUUUUUGUAGAAUUUUUCUUCCUUUGUUACAGCAUGAGGUGAAAAUAUUCAGUUUUACUUUAGCAUAAUCAGUGGUACAGUUUAUCUCCAUAUGGCUCAACUCACCUUCUUCUCCCAUAGGCUCAAUUUACCCCUCACUAGGGUAGAGACCACUUUUGUUUUUUUUGUUUUUUUUUGUUUUUUUUUGAAAGCAGUUUAUUUUAGACCCAAAGUGGUUAUUCCCAAGGAUGCAUAAUUUAAGUGUUUAUUUAAGUUGGACCCAUUACUGUCAUGUGCUCAGUUUAAACACACUAAAAACUGGCUCAACUCACCUGCUCUCCCCUACUUGUAAUCAGACUACAAUUAUUAUUAUUAUUAUUAUUUUUUAUGUUGACAUGAUCUAUUAUUACAUAUUCACACAAUACCCAUCAUUCGGUUCUCCCUAAUUCUUAUUUUUCAUCUUUUAAAUGUUCUUUUUUUAAAAUAGACCAUGUAUAUACAUUCAGAAAGUCUUUCAGUUGUGUGGACAUUCACACAAAGACCAGUCACUAGUCACAGAAUUUAACAACUGGAUUUACAAAACUCAGGUGCUUUUUUUCCUUACCAAAACUAACCUCCCACGGGAUUCUUUUUUUUUUUAAUGUAAACUCACUUUUCAUUAUCAUAAACUACAUUUUGCGAAAUUAGAACUUGACUGAAUUGAUAAAGCUUGGUUUGUAGACUAUUCACUGCAAUAAAGCUUGCAAGAAAAACAUCAAUCAGAUCAAAACGAAUUAAUUAAAGCGUCUGGGUCCACAGAUGAAAGAGACGUACGCUUGCGUCAAUUAACGCGUGUGAGUCCACCAAUCAGAUACCCUUUCGUCGUGCCCAAUGGAAACUGAUCGAUUUACGCAAAGUGUCCAGAUUCGCAUGUCCAAUGUAAGACCAGAGUGGUAAAUAUUUAUGAAGUGCAUGGAUGUCCAAUAGGUGUACGAAUCUGAAUCUCGCUCGAGCUGCUCUGCUCUGCAACUGGAUUAAAUUCAAGAUCUCAUGCUGAUCGUGAUAACUUCAUAAGAGUGUGUAUUUGAUGUUGUUCUUACACAAGGGGAUUUAUUCUGUUAGAGAUGGAUAUUAAUACGGACGCCCCUCACGCGACAGGUGCCCUGGGCGAGAGAGCCGCGCUGCAGUCCACCGAUUUUGGAGAUACUCAGAAACUUCUUGACAUCUCAGACAAAGAGCUGAAAAGAGAAUUAAACCACUCGCCCUCUGAUUCACGCCUCGUGAAGUGUCUUGAAGCGGAACAAAAUGAUGAACAGACUGUGGUUAACGUUGCCGCGGAGCCCUGCUCUCUGUCGCGGGUCAGCUUCAGCCGCGCGUCGUCGCCCACGCCCGCGGAACGCGAGCCCUGCAGCUUCAUGUGGGUGGCCGUGGUCUCCUGCUUCUGCCCGGCCGUUCCGAUAAACCUGUUCGCGCUUUAUUUCGCGCAUAUGUCUCGGUCCAUGAUACAAGCAAAAGAUUAUGAUGGGGCCAGAAGACUUGGGCGACUAUCUUUGUUGCUUAGUAUCGUUUCCAUUGUUGUGGGUCUGGCUAUAGUCCUUUAUCUGUUGUUAACAGAGUAUUAGUUGGACAUAAUUAUGAGCAUUGAUGUAAACGGGUAUUGGAGCUAAAACCAAAGAAGAUGGACGAUGAAUGCCAUGGGAAAACCUUCAAAGAAAAAAAGCUUAAAUAUCAAUUUAUAUUAUAUAAAGUGUUAAACUGAAGUUUUUUUUUUGUUUUGCUUUUUUGACAAUGACUCGUGAUCAUUGAAAAAUUGUUUCUAACCUAUCUUCCAGCCAUUUCUGUUGCUGUCUUGGAGAUUUUGCUUUAUCCAGCAAUGCAUUAGCACCAAAAAAUUUUGCACUAAAUCUUAAAUGGCUUUGUCUUUUUAAAAUUAUGAUCUACAUGAAAUAUUACAAUCAGCUGUUCAUAUUGUUGGAUUCAAUACAUUUGAAUUCUUUUAAAGAAAAAUGAAAGUGAAAUCUAUACAUUUUUAUCACUUUUUUUAAUCUAUAGUGCAAGUGCAUUAUAUUACGCGAAUGUAUUGCAUGUUGCAAUAACAAGAAUGUGACUUGUUCUGAGAAUGAGAAUCUGUUGAUAUUAUUUUCCUUUUCUUUUACGACUUAUUAAACUUUUCAAUUGCACUGUUUUUUUUUUAUUUUUGUAUUCUUGUAAUAUACAUUUUAUGUAAUCUGUUAAAGCUCAAAGGCCUAAUUUACCCCAAAAUAAAAAUUCUGUCAUUAUUUACUCUCUUUAUUAUGUAGAACACAAAAGAAGAUAUUUUGAAAAGUGUCUUUUUGUGCAUAGCAUGAAAGUCAGUGGGUUCAAAUAUCCUCUUUUGUGUUUGGGUAAAACCUAUUUUUUACAUUUCUUUUUAGAAAAUUAUUUUUAUUCCUCGUCAUUUUGAUUCAUAGCCUUUUGGAAGUGUGGAGUAGGAUCAUAAGGAUGCAAGGUGGAGGAAUGCAGUGUGAGAUGGGUGUAGCAAAAAUAUUGUACUGAAUAUAUGUAUUGAACUCGUAAGACAUGAACAAGGGCUAUAUUCAACCAAAAGCACAUGCAUGCCUAAAAUGAAAAUUUGAAUUGUGCAAAUUUGUCUUUUGCUAAUACGGUGCCAUAUUUUAGCAUGUUGAAA